AAACUGAGAGUGGAGGCAAAUGCCUACGUAGGCAGGAGAGCUUUACCAACGCUCCCAAAUGUGGCCUUGAAUACCAUCGAAUCAGCCAUUGGCUUAUGUGGCAUUAACAUGGCCAAGAGAAGAAAAAUCACCAUCCUUAAAGACAUCUCUGGCAUUAUCAAGCCAUCCAGGAUGACUUUGCUGUUGGGUCCCCCUUCUUCAGGGAAGACGACCCUUUUGCUGGCUUUGGCUCAAAAACUAGAACAUGCUUUAGAGGUAAAAGGAGAGAUCACUUACAACGGCUACAAGUUCAGUGAGUUCGUUCCUAGAAAGACCUCAGCCUACAUAAGUCAAAACGAUGAGCAUAUUGCAGAAAUGACUGUCAGAGAAACUCUGGAUUUCUCAUCCAGAUGCCAAGGGGUUGGAACUAGAUAUGAUCUAUUAGCUGAGCUUGCUAGAAGAGAAAAGGAAGCAGGAAUAUAUCCGGAGGCAGAAGUUGAUCUCUUCAUGAAAGCUUCUGCUGUCCCAGAAACAGAAAGCAGUCUCAUGACUGAUUACACUCUCAAAAUAUUGGGGUUGGAUAUAUGCAGAGACACUAUUGUGGGUGAUGAGAUGCGAAGAGGUAUCUCCGGAGGUCAAAGGAAGCGACUGACGACAGGGGAGAUGAUAGUGGGGCCCACAAAGACACUGUUCAUGGACGAGAUAUCGACGGGUCUGGAUAGCUCGACCACGUACCAGAUAGUGAAAUGCUUGCAGCAGAUUUGUCACCUUACAGAAGCAACCAUCUUCAUGUCCCUACUCCAACCUGCUCCUGAAACCUUCGAUCUCUUCGACGAUGUUGUCCUUGUGUCGGAGGGCCAGAUCGUUUACCAGGGCCCACGUGAUCACAUCCUUGAAUUCUUCGAAUAUUGCGGCUUCCGUUGCCCUGAAAGAAAGGGAACCGCUGAUUUCUUACUAGAGGUAAAUUCAAGAAAAGACCAGGAACAGUAUUGGGCAGACAGAAGCAAGCCAUACAGAUACAUGCCAGUUACAGAAUUUGUGAAUAGGUUCAAGGAAUUUCAUGUGGGGGUUCAGCUGAAGAAAGAUCUCUCAGUGCCAUUCGAUAAGUCCAAGGGGCACAGAGCGGCUUUGGUUUUUCAGAAGCAUUCGGUGCCGAAAAUGCAACUUCUCAAAGCAUGUUGGGACAAGGAAUGGCUGCUUAUCAGAAGAAACGCCUUCGUGUACAUAUUCAAGUCAUGCCAGACCGUCGUCCUUGCUUUUAUAACUGCGACGGUGUUCUUCAGGACGACGAUGCACCAGAAUAACGAGAAUGACGGGGCAGUCUACGUUGGGGCGAUUAUGUUCUCCAUGCUCAACAACAUGUUCAGUGGCUUCGGAGAGCUUGGGCUUAUCAUGCAAAGGCUUCCUGUGUUUUACAGGCAACGAGACAUGCUUUUUCAUCCUGUUUGGACUUACACUCUUCCCAAUUUUCUUCUUGCUUUCCCUCGAAUGGUGUUAGAGACAAUCAUUUGGGUGGCUAUUACCUACUACUCUGUAGGGUAUUCACCUGAAAUUAGCAGGUUCCUUAAGCAACUUUUGUUGCUAUUUCUUACUCAAAUAAUGGCAUCUGGGUUGUACAAGUCAAUUGCUGCACUCUGUAGGUCGGUGAUUAUUGCUAACACAGGGGGGUCCCUCAUGAUCCUUCUAAUUUUCCUACUGGCUGGUUUUAUCGUUCCUAAAGAUGAGAUUCCAAGUUGGUGGUCAUGGUCUAUGUGGAUUUCACCAAUGUCAUAUUCCUACAUUGGCCUUAUUUUGAAUGAGAUGACUGCCCCAAGGUGGAUGAACAAAAGGUCUUCAGAUGGUUCUGCCCCAUUGGGUGUAGCUAUUUUAAAAGCCAGUGGUAUUUACACGGAAGCAAAAUGGUAUUGGAUAUCAGCAGCAGCUAUUGUGGGAUUAGCAGUUGCGUACCAUGUCUUCUUCACCCUUUCACUUAUGUGCCUAAACCCUCUUGGAAAAAAACAAGCUACGAUAUCUGAAGAGGAAGCAAGUGAAGUGGACUAUAUGAUCAGAAGACAAGUGCAAAUGCAGCAAUUGAGUAGCAGAACCACUACUAACUCCGCACUAGAGUCAACCACUGAAGUUGGCCCCAACAGAGGAAUGGUUCUACCUUUCACACCACUUGCGAUGUCCUUUGAUUGUGUUAAUUACUAUGUGGACAUGCCAAGUGAAAUGAAGGAGCAAGGAGUGACAGAUGAUAGGCUACAACUACUAAAGGACGUAACUGGAGCUUUUAGACCUGGUGUUCUGACUGCUUUAAUGGGAGUCAGUGGAGCAGGAAAGACAACCUUAAUGGAUGUUUUAGCAGGAAGGAAGACUGGUGGCUACAUCGAAGGCGACAUUAGAAUCUCUGGGUUCCCAAAGAAGCAAGAAACCUUUGCAAGAAUUUCUGGUUACUGUGAACAAACUGAUAUCCACUCGCCUCAAAUUACUGUUUAUGAAUCUUUGAUUUUCUCUGCUUGCCUCCGCAUACCUAAAGAAGUCAAUACGAAAGAAAAGACGAAAUUUGUGGAUGAAGUAAUGGAUUUGGUGGAGCUGAAUAAUCUCAAGGAUGCUAUAGUAGGGAUUCCAGGAGUUACAGGAUUGUCAACAGAGCAGAGGAAGAGACUCACAAUUGCGGUUGAGCUUGUUGCUAAUCCUUCAAUCAUUUUUAUGGAUGAGCCCACUUCAGGUUUAGAUGCAAGAGCAGCUGCCAUUGUUAUGAGAACUGUGAGAAAUACGGUUGACACUGGAAGAACAGUUGUUUGCACAAUUCACCAACCGAGUAUUGAUAUCUUUGAAGCCUUUGAUGAGCUCUUGCUGAUGAAGAGAGGAGGACAAGUGAUCUACUCAGGACCACUUGGCCGUCAUUCUCAAAAAAUCAUUGAAUUCUUUGAGGCAAUUGAAGGUGUCCCAAAAAUCAGGGAUAAGUACAAUCCAGCCGCAUGGAUGCUAGAAGUAACCUCCAUUGCAGCAGAAGUUCGGCUUGGGAUUGAUUUUGCUGAACACUACAAGUCAUCAUCUUUGUACCGGCAAAACAAGGAACUUGUGAAGGAGUUAAGCAUACCACCGGAUGGGGCAAACGAUCUAUACUUUGAGAGUCAGUAUGCAGAAUCUACAUGGGGGCAAUUCAAAUACUGUUUGUGGAAGAAAUGGUGGAGUUACUGGAGGAAUCCAGAUUAUAAUCUUGUCAGAUUCUUCUUCACUUUGAUAACUGGCCUCCUCAUGGGGACAAUAUUUUUUGGGUUUGGAAAAAGAAGGAAAAGCUGGACUGACCUCAGAGUCGUCAUAGGAGCCAUGUUUUCUACCGUUCAAUUUGUUGGAGUAAACAACUGCUCAACUAUUCAACCAGUAAUCGGUGUUGAGAGAACAGUAUUUUAUCGAGAAAAGGCUGCUGGAAUGUAUUCAGGCUUGCCCUAUGCUAUUGCACAGGUGGUGAUUGAAAUACCUUAUGUACUUCUUCAAUGUACAUAUUACUCUGUCAUAGUAUAUUCUAUGAUUGCAUUUGAAUGGACAGCAGCAAAGUUCUUCUGGUUCUACUUCAUCUGCUUCUUCUCCUUCUUGUACUUCACGUAUUAUGGGAUGAUGUCUGUAGCCAUCACCCCCACCACCCAACUUGCAGCAAUUUUCUCAUCAUCAUUCUAUGGACUCUUCAAUGUCUUUUCUGGUUUUAUGAUCCCAAGAUCAAGAAUUCCUAAAUGGUGGUCUUGGUAUUGCUGGAUUUGCCCAGUGGCAUGGACAAUUUACGGAUUGAUUGUGUCACAAUAUGGUGAUUUAGAAGACAGGAUUGAAGUUCCUGGGAUUGAAAAUGGUCAAUCGAUCAGAGAAUUCAUUCAAAGCUAUUUUGGGUAUGAUCCUAACUUCAUGGGACCUGUUGCUGCAGUUUUGGUCGGCUUCACUGUCUUCUUUGCUUUCAUGUUUGCUUUUGGCAUUCAAUUCCUUAACUUCCAGACCAGAUAGAUCAACAACAUCAGAGUCAUUCUGAUCAAAAUUUCAAAGAAUAUCAGUCAAAACAAGAUUCAAAGAAUAAAUGGGGAAAAAAUGGAAGGCCAAAAAGCAGAAGAGUGGAGAGAUAAGUAGAGAGCAAAGUUUAGAAAGAAAUUUUGUAUUAAGUGACUUGUUCCAUGUUCAUGUAAUCUUCUUCAUAGAUAAUAAGUAAGUUUGAUGCAGCAAAUUUUAUCUGUCAUGUAUAGGUGACAGCAAGAAUCUUAUUGAUCGCCUACCCAAAAAAUAGGAAAGUAAGAUCUUAGUCAGUGUGAAUUUGUGCUUAUUAUGAGAGAAAUCAGUGAGUAUCAUGUCGCAUCUUUUGCAGCAAAAUCAGUAGUUUUUACA